AUGCCCAACAUAAACGGCCUUCCUCCUGAAAUUUUGGGCCUUAUCUUCAUGUCAUACUAUCAAGAUCUGAAGCCAGGAGGAAUCGACAAGGGAUUAGCGGCCCUUUGCCUGACGUGUAAACGUUGGAACGACCUCGCGGUAUCCACUCCCGAACUUUGGAGUUUUAUUGAAAUCAUCCGCCAGCCCUCCGGCUUGGCUAUCUCGUAUUCGAAAGUCUCCACUUGGCUUGACCGAUCCCGAAAUUGCCCACUUUCUUUAGUUGUGAGAGCGGAGCGGCUCAACCCUUUCCAGUCUCCUUCCAUAAAAGCCUUGCUACCAAGCCUCCUAGCUCAGUCGUACCGAUGGUGUAGUGUCUCUCUUGGUUUCGGUGAUUGGUUCCAGCCAACGGAUGUCCACCUCCCUCAUACCUUCACCACUCCUAUUUUGGAAAGUGUAGAAGUGAUUUGCGACGGCAACAAAGAAGUGGAUCAUGAUGUUCUAUAUGAAAGGCUACUGGAUGGAUGCCCAGCUUUGCGCAGCUAUACUAGCAAUCAACGAGGACACUAUCAGACCGACUUGCCGCCGAACUAUUCUUUUUGGGAGCAAUUGAAAAAUUUUGAGGUCGUUGAACCCACAAAUACUGCCAACGCCCUGAUCCUGCUGGGAAGGGCAAUCAAUCUCCACAGUUGCUACCUAACGAUAGGACCGGACCACUAUGGCAAACCGCAGUCACCUCAACCUGUCACCUCUCCAAUCAAAAAAUUGACCAUCAACACUCAUACGGCCUCGGGGUCUCGAGAAAAUGUGCAACAAUUUUUUCAUUUUUUAGAUGCACCUAACCUCACGGAUCUUUCCAUUAUCUUCAUGUUGGGCCGUCACGGUAUGACUAUUGCAACCCUAUACGACAUCCUGUCUAGGCCCCGCCUUCGACUCUCUUCUUUGACGCUAAGAAACCUUGAGCUUUCAAACGACAAUUUCAUCGAUUGUCUUACAUAUCUUUCUGAAUCUAUCACCACCUUUAGGGUCUUAAGAAUGCCAGAAGGGCCAGUUUACGGGGGAAUCAAGAAUGGAACGAUCGACCUCCUCACGUUCCAAGGCGAAGGAAAUCCGAAGGCUCUCUGCCCGCUCUUAGAAACAUUGACUCUAGAGCUGUGUGUUAGGGCCGAUGAUGGUCUCCUCGCACGUAUGGUACGAUCUAGACGCCGCUCUCCGCGUACCCUUCGUGAUAAUGGCAUUGCCCUUUUCAAACGACUGGAUGUAGUGUUUGAUUGGCCCCAGGGGCAUACGUCGGACGAGGAAGAGCUGAAAGAAAUUCGCAUCGUGCUACGCUCACUGGACACACUCAUGGAUCCCAAUCAAAAUGGUACAGCUAUGCCAGACCAUGACCAAGUAACCACCAGCACUGUUGAAGACAACGCCAAGCAAGGUCCUGUUGACGUUCAAGUCGUCGUCAAUGAAGUGGACCUGGGGUCCAGUGGGUCCCAAGGGCCCACAGAUGGCAUUGGGGCUGCGUGUACGAUCGACGUUCAGCCUCCAACGCCCAGGAUUGGGGAGGCGCCUCCGAGAAAACAGCGUCUGUAUAAACGAGCCAGGAUCAAUAGUGAGGAAGCGGUGAAUGAGAAUGAGAUCACGCAUGGGGUUGUACAGACUUUGGAUGCUCUCCCUGUAGAACGACUGGCUGAGAAUGGGUUGUCAUAUACUCGUAUCUUCCAAGAGGACGGGUUCACGGGCGCUGGGAGGCUAUGUCUCGCUGCCCUUGCCGAGAAAUCGCGAAAGAAUACUCAAGAUAAUUCCUACGUGUUCUGCGUCGUCGAAGGCACCGUACAUGUCCAAAUCCACCAUACGACAGGUGUCGUCAGGCAGGGUGGGAUGUUCCACGUACCCCGAGGUAUCUUCUCUCUCCUUUGUACUACGCUCCACAUCAACGGCACUCACCUUCCUUUCCUAUCAUGA